AUGUCACAAAUCUAUCAAGAAUACGACGCAGCCCCACGAUCUCCCGGCCUGGAACCCUUUAAUCCCAAGUGUGAACCUUGGACUCAGCCUCUUCCGGAAAUCACGACCACAAUUGUAAUCUCAUCAAACGACAACGUCAGUUCCCCAUCCUCACGAAAAAGACGUGGGAGGUCUAACCGACGAAGAAAGACCCAAGCCAGCUUGAGCGAUACGGUGCUUCUCCGCUACCUGGGCCCGAACAACCCUGAAGUCGCUCAAAUAGCAUCAGAAGAUCCCCUCGACGACAAUUCUGGUCCCGAAUCAGAGGACGAAAGCGACGAAAGCGACGGGGAAGCGAUGCUUGAAUCCAGCACAACGCUCCCCGCCACGUUAGAACCAUCGGCGCAUGCUCGAAGUACCCACGAAGUAUCCGCCCUACAGGCUACCGCCCAGAAAGCUCUCGAAGACUCCAAUGGAUUUGCGCAAUCUGUGCCUACGAAAGAUGCCACGAGCAAUCAUCGAGAUUCGGUCGUGAGCAUAGACGCCGGUUCUCUGCGCUCUCUUCCCCCGCUAGAUGCUUCGGCCGCACCAGGCCUGACGAAUGGAGCACUCCCCGGCCUUGACAAGCCAGUUCCAGGACGAAAUUCUAUCAGUGCUUUGGCUGAAAAUUCUCUGCCUCUCCCCACCCGAGAGCGCAAUGGGUCGAUCGCCAACAACUUUGCCCGAGGCCAAUCCCCUGGCGCUUCCCCUCAUCUUAGGAAAUUGAGUAUACCAUCCUCUAGAGCCCUUCCCAGUCACACACUACCUGCGUUGCAGCCGCCACAUUCUCCUCUACAAGAUUCGGCGAAUUCGCCCAACCGGGAACGUCGCUUGCCAUCCAUAAAACACAUCAAUGACAUCGCAGAUACCGUGAUAAGUGAACGACAAGAACAGGGCAGGUCGAACAGCCUUGCCCACCGCCAAUCGGUAUCGUCGUCGAACCAGUCACCGACGACCCGGCAUCUCUCGAUCAGUUCCCUUUCCCCAGCCGCGACACUCCCUCCUUUGAACGCCACAUCACCCAUCAGCGCUGCAAGUGAGACUACGUCUAAGGAUCUAUUCCUGCGGACCGGUGGAUCACAAACCGGGCUCUUCAGCCCUCGUAGACCUUCGCAAGCAUCAGAUCUGCAAUCGAACCACGAGUACCAGAGUUCAGAUGGCCUGAGUCCAAGUUCCCAGCCAACACCAAUCGAGACCAGAGUCCAUCGUAUGAGCAUUGAUAGCACACUGACAACUCGACAAUUACCCCCAUUUGGUGGACCGAUCAUACAACAUGUCCCACCCCACGGAACUAGUGGAUACAAGUGUGAUUACCCUGGAUGCACUGCCCAGUCUUUCCAAACACAGUAUCUGUUGAACUCACAUGCAAAUGUUCAUUCUCAGAGUCGUCCGCACUACUGUCCAGUUCAAGGCUGCUUGCGUGCCGAGGGAGGCAAGGGUUUCAAACGGAAAAAUGAGAUGAUACGUCACGGUCUAGUACAUGCAUCGCCUGGUUACGUCUGUCCCUUUUGUCCUGAUCGAGAACAUAAAUACCCAAGGCCCGAUAAUCUGCAAAGGCACGUGCGUGUUCAUCAUGUCGACAAACACAAGGAUGAUGAAUUAUUAAGAGAGGUUCUUUCACAACGUCCAGAGGGUGGACCUCGAGGAAGGAGAAGACGGAGGUGCCCAGUGCUCUCACAAAAACUUUUACCUUCACACAACCAGCAACCUUUAGUUGCGUUAGGGAUAUUCAACGGCGUUAUUGGGCACACGAUACGUAGGCCUGUGUACCCUGGGGGCACGACCCUGGUGUUCGACCCUGUCUACGUAUUGACUGGCGUCGAUCAGCCGAACGGCAUUGCUAAUGAAACCGAGUUCUGGCUGCCAUUCGUCUACGUUUUAUUCUUCACCAGUCCCCACGGGGCUUUUAUCACGAAUCUCGGUUUCAUUCUUCACAUGAGUCAUUACUUUAGGACUCCUACUGUCACUACUUUACUACGGUUCGGCUUGCGCUUCUCUCUGCGGUGUACGAGGGCGCUGGGCUGCUAUCAGGGAGGCACUCAUACGCUUUCCUACUUCAUGCUCCACCUGGACGCUGUCGAGCUUUUGUUCCGCUUCCUGUCUUUCUUGUACUGCUCCACUGCUUGA